AUGGUUUUCAGACAGUAUAGAGCUCGCCAAUUUGUUCCAAUUACAAGCGGCUUGAAUGAAUCUGGAAUCACUUACCGUGGAGACCAUUACAAGAAGAGAGCACGAGAUUUGUCUCUUGCAUGGAAAAGAACUUUUCGAACAAAAGUUGUGUCCGGAGAUGUUAUGUACACACCAGACUAUGAGGCUUGGAGAUUUACAAGGAAAAAUGAAAAUGUCCCUUUGCCAGAUCAAGGAAGAGAUAUCCCUUGGGAAGAACAUAUCAAAGUGGUACCUUCACAGGCUGAGAUUCUCAAUGCUGAAUUUGAAGCUGAAAAGAAAAAAUGGGACAAAGCAAUGGAAGAGGGAAGACAAGAAAAGUUCAUGAUAUAUCUUGAUAGGGAUCUCCAUGCUAAACAAUGUGAGUUGUUGAGGAAAGAUAAAGAGAAAGUUAAUCUCGAGCUGGCUAACUUAAAAAGGGAUUUUCGCAACCUACAAAAGGCAAAGAAAAUAUAUGGAUCUAGCAAGACAUCACAACAGUGGGCUAAAGAAUUGGCAAUUGAGAAACGACGUGUUCAAAGUCAAGAGGCUGAGAACAAAUGCCAACUUAGGAGAAUUGAAGUCGAGAAGAAAUUGCGGGACAAGUAUAAAACUGAGAAAAUAAAAGUGGCUAAGCAGCUUAAGAUUGAAAGCCGUAAAGCUGAGAAGUGGAAGGCUGAGAAGGAAACUAGCUUGAAGGAAUGGGGAGUAGAAAAACAUCGAGCCGAAAUUGGGUCUUGGAUGCAAAGAUUUCAAACAAAGAGCAGGAGACUGGAGCAAUUAACAGAAGAAAUGGAAGAUUUACAGACUAGUUUUGAAGAAGAGUUGAAUCAGUCUCGAGUUAUGAAUGGUGAGCUCAAAGAUUAUAUCUCACAUCUUGAGGAUUUCUUACUUCAAGUGCAAGUGCCACAUGAAUGGAUGAACUUAAGGCUUACUCGUGAGGAGAAUAAUUCUCUACGAGAGCAAGCCAGAGGAUUAGAGAGUGAGUUUCAACGCUAUCGAGUAUACAUUACCAGUCUUGAGAGGGAAAUUACUCGAAUAAAGGAGGGAUGGAAGGACACAUAUGAACACCAUCGAAUGUUGGUUGAGGAACGUGAGCGUAUGAUGGGCGAAGCAAUAGCACAAAUGAGCGAGGUGGCCCACUAUACACAAGAAUUAGCCAACAGGGCUGAAAUUAUUCUAUUUCGUACUAGUUUAUCCUCUGAGUAUGAGGAAAAGGUCGUUGGUAUCAUGAAUGAGAUCAUGGAAUUAAAUAAUAGAGCCAAACUAUAUUUGUAG